AUGCCGCUAUUAUUUAAGCUUAAAAGUAGAUUUAGCAUUCUUAAAAUAAUACUUAAGGCAGAUAAGUAUUAAGAAUAAAAUAAAAUGCCCAUAUUUAAAAAAUGGAUGUUUAUAAAAAAGUCAAUUUAAAAAAUAUGCUCAUUUCAAUCAAGGAGGUUCUUGGUAACAGAAGAAAACAGACCUAAAUCAAUUAAUUUUAGCAAAGUAAAUAUCUCAAUAGCCAAAUAAGAGGACUCUCCUUUGCAUAUAGACAUUAAUAAAAAGAAUGUUCCAUAGCUUAUUUCGGAGUCUAAAAUCUAAAACAAAGGCUCAUAAUAAGAAGUAUUUUUGUAUUCUGAUUUUGUUUCAAAUUCGAAUUCAAUAUAAAGCCCUAACAAAUAAAAUUACAAAGAAUAAAGUGAAGAAUAAGAUAAUUAAUCAAGAACAGAUAUUCUCUAAAGAACUUUUGAGCCUAAGAAGGUGUUAGAUUUAAACUAAAUUUAAUAAAAAAUUUUUACUAGCUCAUUAAUUUCGUCCUACUCUUUAGAUGGAAUAUCACCAAAAAAGAUUUAAAACAAAAAUGAAUAAAUAAAUUAAUAUUUUUAUGUGUUUAGAAUUAUUUUUUUUAUAGCGUAGAGAAAAUACUCAAUAAAUAAUGAAUGA